AUGAGUAAUGAGGAUUAUGGAUAUGAUUAUGAUUAUUUAUUUAAAAUUGUCCUGAUUGGUGAUUCAGGGGUAGGCAAAUCAAACCUGUUAUCUCGUUUUACAACAGAUGAGUUUAAUAUUGAAUCUAAAUCUACAAUUGGUGUAGAGUUUGCUACUCGAACCAUUGAAGUUGAAGGUAAAAAGAUUAAAGCACAAAUUUGGGACACUGCAGGUCAAGAAAGAUACCGUGCCAUCACGUCAGCAUAUUAUCGUGGUGCAGUAGGUGCCUUGAUUGUCUACGAUAUAAGUAAAUCUUCAAGUUAUGAAAAUUGCAAUCACUGGUUGACCGAACUUAGAGAAAAUGCAGAUGAUAAUGUUGCAGUAGGAUUGAUUGGUAAUAAAUCCGACUUGGCUCAUUUACGAGCUGUUCCAACAGAUGAAGCCAAGAAUUUUGCUAGCGAAAAUCAGUUAUUAUUUACAGAGACAAGUGCCUUGAAUAGUGAAAAUGUUGAUUUGGCCUUUAGGGAAUUGAUUACAGCCAUAUAUCAAAUGGUUAGUAAACAUCAAGUAGAUCUUGGUAAUGAUAAUAAUGCAUCUGGUAAUGGUAACGCUGGACCUCGUGGACCUACUAUCAGUUUGACGCCAACACCGAAUGAAAAGAAAAAGGGCAGUUCCAAUAACUGUUGUUAA